CUCACGGAGCCAGGAAGAAACCACGCCCCCCACCGCGCACGCCAAAACCAACCGGCCGCCGCCGCCGCCGCAUCAGCAGUAGCCGGAGGGAGAUGUCGUUCCGGGCGAAGGAGAUCUACAAUAAGGUGGUGCGCCGCGUGGGCGCGGAGGUGAAGCUGCCGGCGGAGGCGAUGGAGUCGGUGAAGAACAUGCUGCCGAAUAGCAAGGUCGUCAUGGGCCGGGCAAAGCGCGGCAUCUUCGCCGGCCGUCACAUCCGGUUCGGCAACAAGGUCUCCGAGGAUGGCGGCAACAAGUCAAGGAGAUUCUGGAAGCCAAAUGUUCAGGAGAAGCGUCUUUUCAGCUAUAUUCAUGAACGUCACAUUAGACUCAAAGUAACCACUCAUGCACUCCGGUGCAUUGACAAAGCUGGUGGCAUUGAUGAAUACCUCCUGAAGACACCUUACAACAAAAUGGAUACUGAGAUCGGUAUUGCCUGGAAGGCAAAGAUUGAGAAGAUGUAUUCAGAGCUUCCUCCUGAGGAAGAGGCUAAUAUAGAACAAGGUUCUGAGGAGGUUCUGUCGGCCAAGAGAGAGUUCCGUAGGGAAUCGAGAAGGGCCAUUACUUUUUCAAAACAGAGUCAGCUAGAAGCAACCACAGCUGAUGAUGACGAAACAACUGAAGUCGUGGAUACAAAUAAAGAGGUGUCUGAUGUCGCAGAGAAGUCUUAGCCUGGACCCGUGUGCCCGAUAAAAAAAAUUAAUGGAAACAUCGAUGCCGUUGACAAAAUAAUCGAAGAUUUUCAUUUCAUAUAAUCAGGGGAGAAUAUCUCGCUUGGGGCAGCAGUGUAUCUUAAGCCUAACUGCCUAAGUUUACCAUUUACAUGCAACAUUUUCGUGUUGCAAGUAGUUGCGAAUUUGGUGGAAGUUGUGUUGUACAAUUAUUGUAAUUUCUAGUGUCAGGAUUGAGAUGAUUUUCUUCCCAAGUUUUGCUAGCCCAUUCAACUGAAAUGCCAAAGAGAGUUUUUUUUUGUAAGCCUAAUUAGCUGGAGUUAUAUCA